CACUUCCUGGCCAACCCUUACCGAAUCCUAGAAAUCACAAGGAGGGGUUGCACGCCAUUAUGCUACAAAGUGGGACUGUGACUGCGGAUGCACCGCAGAAGAGUGAUCACCCCUGAGCCGGAAGAAGACCUAGUGAUGGAAAAGGAGCCAGAGGAUCAAGCUCCAAAGCCACAACCUGUAGUGGCUGAAUAUAAGCCUAAGCUCCCUUUUCCCAUCAGGAUUCACAAAGACAGGCUAGAGGCAGAGUUUGGCAACUUCUCAUCCAUGCUUAGGAAGCUACAUGUUCAAAUACCCUUCAUGGAGGCACUAGCCCAUAUGCCUAAGUAUGCGAAGUUCCUAAAGGAGCUUCUCUCGAAGAAGCGGAGGCUGAGCGAGCUGGCCACUGUGGAGCUCAGUGAGGAGUGCUCGGCCAUUUUGCAGAACAAGCUUCCGCAGAAGCAGAAGGACCCAGGUAGUUUCACUAUCCCGUGCUCUAUAGGUAAAUUGCAUGUCGAGAGGUCCUUGGCGGAUCUAGGUGCUAGUAUUAAUGUGAUACCGUAUAAAUUGUUCAAGAAACUAGGCCUAGGUGAACCCAAUGCAACAAGGAUGAGUGUUCAAUUAGUUGACCGAUCUAUAAUUCAUCCUAGGGGCAUAGUGGAAGACCUUCUGGUUAGGGUGGGAAGAUUCUUUUAUCCUGUGGAUUUUGUUGUCCUGGACAUCAAUGAAGACACAGAAGUGCCCCUUAUACUCGGAAGGCCUUUCUUGGCCACCACCAAGGCCCUUAUAGAUGUGCAUGACGGGACCUUAGUCUUGAGGGAUGGCGAAGAGAAAAUAAUGUUUUCCAUUGCUAAUACUCUUCCUAUUUCAUCACCAUUGCAUGUUGUUUCUCACCAGGAGCACGAGUUUGUCGUGUAUCCUUCUGUGCUUCCUAUUUUGCAGGAUUCCCCUCCCAUACCUUCUCCGCUAAUCCCAUCCACUCCUUUACCAAAGGAAAAGAUCAGGGAGGAGUGGCGGCCGAAGCUGCCGGUAGCUCAGCCUGCUCACAAGAAAGUCGGACACCACUAUGAGCGGGUCCCACUUCCUGAGCCUCGACCACCCUGGCCAUCCGAGUAUUCACUAGCUUGCAUCCUGCCGGAUGGCCAAGUCGAGUUGACGAGUGCUGGUGGCCACAUUCGUCGUGUGCAUGGCCACCAUCUGAAGCUGUACCUUAAGAGCGAUGUGGAUCCGCUCUUGAAGGCACCCGCGCCUACACCUCUCUGAGCAUCCACCUACUGGCGUCCAGCUAAAAGACGGUAAAGAAGUGCUUGUGGGGAGGCAACCCCAUCUAGCUUUGCAUUUUCUUACCUUUUUCCUGUUGAUUUUUUGUGUUUUUGAGUCUUGAGGUGUUGUCAAAGAGUCGUAUGUCAUUUUUGAGUGAAAACAGGUCAAAUUCGGGGUUCUGGCAGCCCACACGGCCAGUCCUAAAAAUCACACGGCCGUGUGGAAUUGGGUUUUGGCCGUGCGAGUCCACUGGAAUUUCCACACGGGCAGGAGGGGUACCUCACACGGCCGUGUGGAUUGGUCCCCUGCCCGUGUGAAGCCUCGACAAUUUCCACACGGCCAGUUUUGCUUUUCACACGGCCAUGUGGAAAUCCUCGGCCUGACCGUGUCGGCCCACACAGGCACUUGUGCACCUCACAUGGCCGUGUGAGCUUGCCCGUGUGGCCGAGCCCAGCCUUUAUAAAUUUGGCCAACACGGCCACGUGGUCAGAAAAUUCAAAUCCUCUCGCCGGAAUCCUCUCCUCGCCGGAAAACCGCGACCUUUCGCCCUCUUUGGUGAUUUUCGGCCAUUUUUGGUCGGUUUUUCACCAAACCACCUCCACACCCAUCCUAUUCUCCCUUUUUUCGGCCUAUCCCUCGACUUUGAGCCGAUUUGAGCCGAUUUUGAGUCGCCGGAGGCGAUUUAAGGCGAGGCUCCGACGAGCACUUCCGGGCAGAUUUUGGGCUUUUUGUCGCUUCCAUUGCCUUCCCCUCAUCAUCCCCUACACCUCUACUUGUGUCUCCAGGUUUGAUUUUGACCUUAACCUUGUGAUGUAUGGAGAAUUGGGUGUUAGGGUGCAUGUUUAGAGAACAACUUUGAAUCAUGAGAAUUGUGUGAAAUUGAUUGAGGGGAAGGCUUGGUUUGUGUGUGAAUUGUGUUGGGCAAUGUCCCCCAUGCUUGUUUGAGCCCUUGUGUGCAAGAAAUUUGUCUAUUCCAU